AAUAAUAUCCCCCGAGCUUCAAAGCGCAGCCAGUGACAGUCAUCUGUCUGGACGCGCUGGGUGGAUGCGGGGGGCUCCUGGGAACUGGGUUGGAGCCGAGCUAGCGCUAGCCAGGCGCAAGCGCGCACAGACUGCAGCCACCCGAAGACCACCCCCCGGGCCACCCGGAGACCCCCGCGCAGAAUCGCCUCUGGAUCCCCCGCAGUCCGCGGGAGAUGAUGAGGAUGACGAAGAGGAAGACGAGGAGGAGGAGAUCGACGUGGUGACCGUGGAGAAGCGGCGGUCCUCCUCCCACAGCAAGGCCGUCACCACCUUCACCAUCACCGUGCGCCCCAAGAACGCAGCCCUGGGCCCGGGGAGGGCGCAGUCGGGAGAGCUCAUCCUCAAGCGCUGUGUCCCCAUCCACCAGCAGCACAACUACGCCGCCCCGUCUCCCUACGUGGAGAGCGAGGAUGUGCCGCCCCAGAAGAAGAUCAAGAGCGAAGCCUCCCCCCGCCCCCUCAAGAGCGUCAUCCCCCCGAAGGCGAAGAGCUUGAGUCCCCGCAACUCUGACUCGGAGGACAGCGAGCGCCGCCGGAACCACAACAUUCUGGAGCGCCAGCGCCGGAACGACCUGCGCUCGAGCUUCCUCACGCUCAGGGACCACGUGCCAGAGCUGGUGAAGAACGAGAAGGCCGCCAAGGUGGUCAUUUUGAAAAAGGCCACCGAGUACGUCCACUCCCUUCAGGCCGAGGAGCAUCAGCUGUUGUUGGAGAAGGAGAAGUUGCAGGCCAGGCAGCAGCAGUUGCUAAAGAAGAUCGAACACGCGCGGACUUGCUAAACGUUUCUCGAAACUGGACAGUCACUCUGCCACUUUGCACAUUUUGAUUUUUUUUUUUUUUUAACAAACAUUGUGUUGACAUUAAGAAUGUUGGUUUACUUUCAAAUCGGUCACCCGUCGAGUUUGGAUCCGGGUGGGGAGCAGGACCCGUGGGGGUUUCUGCCAGGACCUCGGCAGAGGGCCUGCGUGAUGGGAUGCUGGGUGGCCCUUGCGGUGUCCUCCGUGUCCCCUCCGAGACCGCGGUCGAAGUUCGUGACAGUUGGGAGCCUCUGGGCUGUUGAAGUCACCUUGUUUGUUCCGAGUUUCCAAACAACAGAAAGUCAUUCCUUCUUUUUAAAAUGGUGCUUAAGUUCCAGCAGAUGUCACAGAAGGGGUUUGCCAUUUGAUACCCCUGGGGAACAUUUCUGUAAAUACCAUGGACACACCCGCCUUUUGUAUACGUCCUGGGUAAUGAGAGGUGGCUUUUGCGGCCAGUAUUAGACCGGAAGUUCAUACCUAAGUACUGUAAUACCUCAAUGUUUGAGGAGCAUGUUUUGUAUACAAAUAUAUUGUUAAUCUCUGUUAUGUACUGUACUAAUUCUUACACUGCCUGUAUACUUUAGUAUGAUGCGGAUACAUAACUAAAUUUGAUACUUAUAUUUUCGUAUGAAAAUGAGUUGUGAAAGUUUUGAGUAGAUAUUACUUUAUCACUUUUUGAACUAAGAAACUUUUGUAAAGAAAUUUACUAUAUAUAUAUGCCUUUUUCCUAGCCUGUUUCUUCCUGUUAAUGUAUUUGUUCAUGUUUGGUGCAUAGAACUGGGUAAAUGCAAAGUUCUGUGUUUAAUUUCUUCAAAAUGUAUAUAUUUAGUGCUGCAUCUUAUAGCACUUUGAAAUACCUCAUGUUUAUGAAAAUAAAUAGCAAUUA